AUGUGCACGUACAAAGUGCGUCCCGAUCCGUUUGCAAGGGGUCGGUUGGGCCACGUCCACCAGGCCAUCGACUGCAUGAGUGGUGCCGUCGUGGCGAUCGAAGUGAUGGGGUUUGCCGACCCAGACACGGCCCUCGCGUGGUAUGCAACCCUCGACCACGACAUGCAGUUGAUCAAGAGCAUGUCGCACCCAAAUCUGUUGCAGUACAUGGGUUUGACUGUGUCGGAGCAUCGCAUCCAUGCUGUGUCGGAGCAUGUGGCGGGAGGCACGUUGCAACGACUCUUGGCAGACAUGGGGCCGCUACACCGAUCGAUCGUGCCUCAGUACGUCGUCGGUCUUCUUCGUGGCUUGCAGCAGCUGCACAUGCACGACCUGGCCCACGGAAACCUCUCCAGCGCGCGAAUCUUUCUCGGGCAAAAUGGGCAAGUCAAACUCGCAUGCUAUUUUCCCACUGGUCCAACCAUCGACUUGCUGUACCAAUAUCGGGUCGUCGAAGGGCUGACGUCCACGACACGGUUGGCCCACCAUGGAACAAGCGCCAACGCCAUGGACGAUGCCAUCGCGCGGGAUUUACGGAGCGUCCUGUGGCUCAUGGUUGAGAUGCUUGUGGGAGGUCGAGUCCGAGGCAUCGACAUUGACCCUCCCCGCCUUCGACAGCUCAUUAUGGACUACCCUGUCGAGCAAUCGUUCUUGGAGCACGUCCUACACCUUCUGCCGGAACUCGCCCGCAUCUCGGUCGAUUCCGCCUACGCGAUCUUGUUCGAUCACCCGUACCUUGACUCUCAAGUAACGUGGCCGCAACUCGUUCGAGCAGAAACGCCCCAACAAGUGAGGGCGGCGAGAGCCGCUGUCGAACUCGAUCAGUGCGCCGCAGUUCGAGCCGAGCUCUCCGUAGCCAUUGACUCGUGGCUACAUGAGUUUGAAACCCGACACCAUCGCCCCCCCAAGAAAAAGGAGUGGCCACCCGACGUCGUCGACAUGCAAGCGCAACUCAGCGCGUUAAAAGUGCACAUGCAAGACCUCCACGACGCCGCCACCCACGACAAAACCAACAUCUUUGGCCACACGAAGGCAACGAACGACUAUCGAUGCCCCAGUAUAGCAUCAACGGCACCUUUUGAACCGACGCAGCGACGCCGAUCCACGGCCCUACAGUCCUUUCUCCACCAAGCUUCGACUGCCCGACAAGUUCAGUCGACAACAACUUAA